ACUAUCAACAGAGUCAAAAACAAUAAUAGACAGUCAAGUUUCGCUUGGUACAAACCCUAUUCGCGGAAGCAUCACUUUAAAGAAUCCAUUUAAGAAUAUCUUUGCCUCUUAUGCAGUUGACGGAUCUGUACGAAAUUUUAAAACCCAGGCUAAGUUCACCAUUGGAUCGACAGUGAUGCUUGACAGCGAAGUAGCAUUUCAGUCAAACCCAAUUAAUCUCGACCUUACUAUAAAAAACCCAAUACGAGAUAUCCAAGCCACUCUCUCAAAAAGCGGACCAUGGACAAAUUUUCAGUCAAGUGCUCAGCUCAUCGUUGCAUCCGAAACCAUUUUAGAUUCUGACCUCUCCGCAAACGUUAAUCCUCUUCAAGGGUCUUUUAAUUUCAAAACACCUGUCAAAACACUAUCGGGAUCCAUUUUCGUUGACGGGACCUAUGACCACUUUGACGUUAAGGGAGAACUAGCGGUGGAUGGACAAUCUAGCUUCAUGAAUAUUCAGUUUAAGUCGGAUGGUGGUAUUUUGGGAAGUGCUAGUUUUGCAAAAGGAACCCAAGAAAUAUUUUCAAGCAAAUUGUCUUUUGAAACUUCACCUCUGCGGGCAAGCCUUUCUUUGAAGUCCACGAAUGAAUAUAUUAAAACCCUGUCUGCAUCAUUUAGUCAUAAAGGGAAAGUUCUUGACUUUGAAAACCAAGCAGAAAUUACAAUAAAUGGAGAAAAAACAGAAGCGCAUAUGCUAUUCAACAUCGGGUCGAAAUCUGAAAUGAAAAUCUCAGCUUCAAGUCCAUAUUUUCCUUCAAUUGGAUUGGGACUCGAAUUUGUUGGCAAUGCCCAAAAGUUCCAAAGUGCAAUGGAAUAUUCUGUCGGCGAAAAUACAUUUUCCUUCGAUUCCAGUGUUGACACAACCAAUGGCAUUGACACCUUUAUGACAGUAAAGACACCAUUUGAAGGUUACAAAACUGUAACAUCUAAGUUGUCAUAUAAUGGAAUAUUUCCUAACUCAGAUGGCCUUAUCCAAAUUAAGACAGGAAGAAGGACACUCUUGACAGGUAACUUUCAAUUAUCUAAUGUGAAAGGAAUCUCUUUGAAAAUUGUUUGUCAGUCAGUCCUUACACCAGCACUUCAGAUUUCGUUCGACCACUCCGGAGAUAUGCAGAAAUUCACAACUAGAGCUGAACUUCGUUUCAAUGGCACUCCAUUCACGACCGAUAUUUCUUUUCAAUCGACACCGUACCCACAAGGUUCCUUUGCCGUCGUCACUCCGUAUAUGGAACCAGUAACUGGUUCCUUCAACGUGGAACCUCAGUUGAAUGGAAAUUCAAUUAAUAUAAAAGCUACAUUUAACGGCCAACCAAAUUCUUUAGAUACUAGCUUUUACUUUGGUAACGAUAUGGGUGCAUCCUUUUCAAUGAACUCACAUGUAACUGGAACAAUUCGAGGAUCUGUCAGUUUAAAUAGGGGCUACUCAAGCUAUACAGGCAGUGUUAAUAUGGAAGCACUAGGAAAGAAAAUGACACUCGACGGUAAACUGAAUACAGAACGAGGAAUUAAAUCUAGCAUUUCCAUAAAUUCUCCAUAUGGAAACAGUGAGGCAGAAUUUGCAUACAGUGGACAGUAUCCAAAUGCCAAGGCCGAUUUAACAGUUUCAAUGCCUGGAAAUAAAUUUUCUUUCAACAGUGAAAUCCAGACUCAGCCCAAGCUAUCCGCUACACUUGCCAUAUCUACACCAUUCAGUGGAUAUGAAAACGUUGGAGGUAACAUCCAUUUUGCAAGCAACAACGACAGUGUGUCUUUUGAUACACAAAUAAAUUAUCUGACCGGAAAACAAAUUGCUGCUUCGUUUGAGUCAACAAUUUCGGGAAAAAAUGUGCAGACAGUGGCAAAGCUUGAAACACCUUACACGGAAGACCUUAACAUUGAAUUAACUCUGACGGGACAACCAAGUCAAUUCUCGAAAUCGCUCGUUGUUUCAAUGGGUGAAGACAACAAUUUAAUAUCUACCGGAACUUUCUCCAUCGGCAUAUCGUCCUUAAAUCUAGAUUAUUCUCUUAAAACGACGUUUGCUGGAUACGUAGAUGACCAGCAUAUACAGGUUAAGUACGAUGCCGAUUUGCCGAAUUUUAAAGCAUCUGCUGAUGCUAAAAUACUUGGAAGUUUGUACUCGACUGAAGCUAGCUUGGACCUUUCAAAUGAAAUAAACGCAUUGUUCAAACUUGAUACACCAUUCGAACACUUAAGUGACAUUGCAGUCACAUUUGAGCAUUCGGGUACCUACAGGCGAUUUACCACCAAGUCAACAGUACAAGCAAAAAAUAAAAGUUUGUUUGAAUCCAACCUCCAGUAUUCUAAUUACGGAUGGCGAAGACUUUCAAUGUCCUUAGACAUGACAACACCAUUUCAGGGCUGUGAAUUUACCAAAGCUUCAUAUAGACAUGCUUCUCUAUCAGAUGGCUUUGAGUGUGAUGCAGACAUAUCCAUUAUGAAUAAGGAUAUCAGUGGCACUUUGACAAUUAAUAAUAACCCCCCAACAGCAACUGUUUCGUUUACCACACCGUUCGCCGGUUUUGAAAAGUUAGGUGCAGAUGUCAAAUAUGUCAUUGGAAAAGAUUCAAUAAACGGACAAGUUAAUGUUGCCUACAUGCAAGAUAAGACACUUUCUGCGUCGAUUGAUAUGAACAGCAACAGCCUUACAUUUAAAUUGUCCACCCCCUUCCAAGGGUAUGAAAAUCACGAAGUGCAACUGUCAUACAAUGGAGAAAUGCGUAACUUCCAAUCAACAGCUGCCUUUACAUCAUCUGCUGCUCCAUCCAUCAGGGCCCAGGCAAAUCUGCGUUUGUUCUCACUGCUGAAUUUGGACGGCUCCGUAAGUCUUACCAGUCAGAUUAGAAAUUUCGAAAACAUCAAAAUAACCGUCACAAACGAAGAAAACAAAGGUAAAUAUACAACUAAGUCAGAAAUAAGUUGGUCUUCUUCACAGUCCAUUGUCCUUGAUGGAACUCUAACUGACAAUAGUCUUUCAACUACUGGAAACAUAAAUUUAAGAACACCUUUCGAUAUGGUUAGACAAGCGGGUGUUGAUAUCAAAAUGGAAAAGAAACAAGGAAUUAUCUACUCUGGAAAGAUAUCCCCAGUUUUUAACGGAAAAACCACUUUAGCCGGUGAUAUUACUUUUAGCAGCGCUCAGAACAAGGCUUUGUCUGUAACAAUGCGCUCUCCAAUAACCUUUUCUGCAGACGUCAGUGGUAACAUCGGACGAGUUUAUCAAGGAUCUGUUUCUUUUACAAACGAUAUUUUCGAAAAGAACACCGGAUUGACACUAACCGGAACAAUUGACCCAAUCGCAAAGAGCGUGGUUGCUAAGUACAACUGUCCAACAAUGCAGCUGGAUUUGAACGGUUCUCUUAAGAAAUCAAGCCUAGUCAUCAAUACUAAUCGCUAUGGGUACGAGAUAUCCGAGUCGUUCGCAAAAAUUAUUCUUCCUACAAGAAGUCUUAAAGUAACCGGCAAAGUACAAAACGGGGCUACCGAAGGUUUCCUGUUUUGGGACGCAGACAAAGAUGAAACAAAGAAAGUUGGAUUCCGCUCCGAAAUCAAAUCUCAAUCCGAUUCGAUGAAGGCUGACAUGACAGUGAUGUUGCCAAGCCUAGGAAAGGAUCUUCAGAUCGAUUCCGAAAUGAUUCUGAACAGAGGGCGUAUCAUAUUUGACGGAAAAACAGAACUAACCUAUUCUAAAGAUUCCCGAAAAAAAAUCACAAUUAACUCUCGUGUUGAGGACAUAUCUUCUUGGGAUUCUAGAAAUUACAGCUUUACAUUCGGAAUAAGUCACCCAUACACUAGCGUCAAUGUUGAGGUCGUUUCUCAUGUGGGAAAUUCAAACGAAAAAAUGACAGGAGCAGUUGAUGUCAAAUACCUUACUGCAAGACGCGAGACUAAACAGUUCACAGUCAAUGGAGAACUUGACAAAAUCCGUAAAGGCGUCGAACUAAAUAUUGACACUCCAAUGAAGAAGGUUGGAAUCAACGGAAACAUCCAGGCUGGAUCCCCAUAUCGCCUUUCCUUGGUCAACAAAUAUGACAACAAAAAACCACUGAAUACUAUUGUUUCGUUUGAUUCCUGUUAAACGCAGCAUCGACUUUCAGAUGAACUACGAUUUGGAAAACCCAACCAGUGAGCUUCAUGUAAGCGCGAAGUACGUGAAUAAUUCUGCCAUUGCAGCUGAAUUGUACCAUGUGAUCAACAGACAGAGAAUAAGUGACGGACUGCUUGCUUUACGUCUAAACAGCUCUCAUCUUCU